UCAACUUCUAUAACCUAGUAUUUUUAGGCAGUGCUGCCACGGCCACACUGUCCCAAGGAAAAACAAAGUUUGUUAUGAUUUUACUGCGGGAAUUCUGUAUAAAAUGCGUCAUUUGAGGACCUGAGGAUGCGCUUGCGCCGCCGCUGGCCGCGAAGGAUGCGGCGUGCCAUGGAGCAACUGCGACUGCAAUCCCGCCGGAAGCUGCUGGCGCUCAUGAUGACUGGAGGACUCUGCCUGGUUAUCUGGAUAGUUGGCAACUGCUUGUCCGCAUCGGAGGUUGCCGAAACCGGCAACUUCAGCAGCUCUUGCACUGCCAUCGAUGCGGUUUACACGUGGGUCAAUGGCUCGGAUCCCACCUUUAUUGAGGACAUCCGCCGAUUCGAUUCCAAGUACGAUCCCUCGCGGUUCGACGACAAGAAUGAGCUGCGGUACUCUUUGAGAUCGCUGGAGAAACACGCCGCGUGGAUCAGACAUGUCUACAUAGUAACCAACGGCCAGAUUCCCAGUUGGCUGGAUCUCAGCUACGAUAGGGUCACGGUGGUGCCCCACGAAGUGCUGGCUCCCGAUCCCACCCAGCUUCCCACCUUUUCUAGCUCGGCCAUCGAGACAUUUCUGCACCGCAUACCAAAGCUGUCCAAGAGAUUCCUCUACCUCAACGACGACAUAUUCCUGGGAGCGCCGCUGUAUCCAGAGGACCUGUACACAGAGGCGGAGGGAGUUCGCGUGUAUCAGGCAUGGAUGGUGCCCGACUGCGCAUUGGACUGCCCCUGGACUUACAUAGGAGAUGGUGCUUGCGAUCGGCACUGCAACAUCGAUGCCUGCCAGUUUGAUGGAGGAGACUGCAGUGAAACCGGACCAGCCAGCGAUGCCCACGUCCUCCCACCAAGCCAAGAAGUGGUCGAGGUGGAACCUGUCGUUGUCCCACAAACACGAGUCCACCGAUUUCCUCACAUGGGUCUCCAAAAGCUGUUCAGGCGCAGCUCUGCUAACUUUAAGGAUGUUAUGCGGCACCGAAAUGUGUCCACACUCAAGGAACUUCGUCGCAUUGUGGAGCGCUUUAAUAAAGCCAAACUCAUGUCGCUGAAUCCCGAGAUGGAGUCCUCCAGCUCCGAGCCACUGACCACCCAGCGCCACGGGCUGCACAAGGAGGAUUUUAAGUCUUCCACCGAUAUUUACUCCCACUCGCUGAUUGCCACCAAUAUGUUGCUAAAUCGAGCCUAUGGCUUUAAGGCACGCCAUGUUCUGGCGCACGUGGGCUUCCUAAUCGACAAGGAUAUUGUGGAGGCUAUGCAGCGACGUUUUCACCAGCAAGUUCUGGACACUUCCCAUCAGCGCUUCCGAGCCUCUACAGAUCUUCAGUACGCCUUCUCUUACUACUCCUUCCUGAUGAGCGAAACAAAAGUAAUGAGUGUAGAGGAGAUCUUCGAUGAGUUUGACACUGACGGUUCGGCCACCUGGUCGGAUCGAGAGGUGCGUACCUUUCUCACUCGCAUCUAUCAGCCGCCACUCGACUGGUCUGCCAUGCGGUACUUCGAGGAGGUGAUUCAGAACUGUACUAGAAAUCUGGGCAUGCAUUUAAAAGCGGACACAGUCGAACACUCCACUCUGGUCUACGAGCGAUAUGAGGAUUCUAAUUUGCCUACAAUAACCAGAGAUUUGGUUGUUCGAUGCCCACUUCUGGCUGAUGCCAUGGCAUCAAACUUUGCUGUCCGACCCAUGUAUAACUUCCAUGUGAGCCCAAAAAGAACUUCGCACAGCAACUUUAUGAUGCUUACAUCGAAUCUCACGGAGGUGGUGGAAUCACUAGACCGAUUGCGUCGGAAUCCGCGCAAGUUCAACUGCAUCAACGACAAUAUGGAUGCCAAUAGAGGCGAAGACAACGAGAUGGUGCGUCAUCUGCUCGAGGACUUUUACCUCUCCUUCUUUCCGAGACGCAGCAAGUUCGAGCUGCCGCCGCAAUAUCGCAAUCGGUUCGAGUCCUGGCGGGACUUUCAGCGCUGGAAGAGAAGAAAGCGGGCCGUCCUGGUAAUUGGGUAUGGAGUAAGUCUGCUGCUGGUUGUCUGUCUGCUGCGAUUUAUGUGCCUCCACAAGGCCAAGUUAGUGAGGCGCUGUGUGCAGCGCUUGUAGGAAUCGUUUUCGUGAAGUUCUCUCUCUUCUGCAAUGUUGUGAUAUGUUGUGAACAUUUAUGUAAAUUGGCCAUUUCUGCAAGCGAUCAUAGUCAAAUCUAGUUGUAGGCCAUGUGUAAGGCUAUUUUUCUAGUUCUUUAGGUGCAUGCUAGAGGCUACGUGCAAGAAUAGUCGUUAAGAAUGGAUACGUAGUGAAAUUUUGUAGAAUAUUUUGUUAGGCUAUUGCAGUCGAACUGCUUUGUGUUCAAUUUCAUAUAAUUUAAGUUUUUAUACUGAGCGGCGAUAGCUACUAUUUUUAGUUUUGCUUUACUAUGAUAUUUGCGCUCUCAAAGUACUGAAUUACCAGAGGCACCCUAAAUAAUGUAAAACCUAGUUUAUUUCUGUUGGAAAAAUUCGUAAAUCGAUCAUUUAAUAAUAAUACAUAUUGAUAUAAA